GAUGAACACACUGAAAAGCUAAUUACUUGGCGAGCUGCCAAUGAAGCCGUAUUCACGGGCAAGAGAAACGCUGCUAUAAAAGGAUUUGAAACUUUUAUAGAGCAAAGCAAUCUGCAGGGCAAAGUGUCUGCUGCUUGGGUCAAAAAGAAAUGGGAAAACCUCAAGCAGAAGUACAAAGAUCUUAAGUGUCCACAGUCAGGGGUCAGCACAGAGGAUGGGGAACAGACAGCAGCAUCCUGGAAGUGGUAUGGAGUGAUGGAUGCUGUAUUAGGCUCUAAGCCAUCCAUCACCCCACCGCUGCUCAUACAGUCUGGCAGCAAGGAUGUUGCUGAUCAUUCCUCACUCUCUGUUGCUGGCCCAUCUGCACCAAGAAAGAGAAGAAGAGAAGAAGGGGACCUUUUGACAUAUCUCAAGGAGAUGGAAGAAAGAGAGGCAAAAAGAGAGGAAGAAGCCCAACAGAGAGAGGAAAGAAGAGCAAGAGAGUUGGAAGAGAGAGACACAAGACGAUAUGAAGAGAUUAAAAAGAGAGAGGAAGAAGCCAGGCGUAGAGAGGAAGAGUUCAGGGAGAGAAUGCAGAGGAGAGAGGACAUGAGGGAUGAAGAGAUGAGACGGAGGGAUGUGGAGAUUAGGAGAGAGGCUGCAGCAAGAGAGGAGAUGUUCCUCAGUUUAAUGGAGGUGUUUGCCAAAUCACUUUCAAAAAAAUAA